UUCUUUAAAUUUGGUGCAUUGAGACAAACAAAAUGCAGCUUGAUUCGUUCCUGAAAGUAAUCCUUUUCCCUUGUGCUUUAGUGGAAAAGUCAGUCAACAAUAUACAGUGUCCCUUUUGAUGUGCUGGAUGUGUAGUUGUGUACCAAUCAACUGGCCUCACCUUUCUUCGGUAGGACCCACCAUAUUGACCAAAAACCAAACAUGAAAAAGACCCUAGGACCAUUUGCUCUUAAGUUCAUUGGCACUUGCUUCAAUUAUUCACAUUUCAUAACCCACCCGGCCAUCCCUAAGAGAAAGGUGCCUCCACCAUGCCGCCUCACUCCCUAUUACUCUGCCUCCUCUUCCUCACCCCAGCCUCCGCCUCCUACACCAAAGACGGCUUCACCUACGACGGUUUCUCUAAUGGCGUGCUCCGGCUUGAUGGUGUAGCUUCAAUCGCAAGCAGAGCUCUCAUGCUAACCGAUGGUGUUGCCCGGAGUGUAGGACGCGCUUUCUUCGGAGGCCGGUUCGACUCUAUUUCCUCAUUCUCAACAACCUUUGUGUUCGUCAUCACUCCUCCUUACUCUGAUUUGAGCGCAUACGGGCUCGCCUUUACGAUUUCCGCCACGACGGAUUCUUUGUUGGAUGCCCUCCCGUCUCAGUACAUGGGCAUGUUCAACCGUGAAAAUGUAGGUAAUGUCACAAAUCGACUCUUUGCUCUUGAGCUUGAUACCAGCCAAAGUACAGAGUUCGGGGAUAUUAAUGAUAACCAUGUUGGAAUCGAUGUAAACACCUUGGUGUCUAUCAAUUCCACCCCUGCUGGGUACUACAAACCAGAUGGCACGUUCUCUGAUUUGCUACUUAUUAGUGGAAAGCCGAUGCAAGUAUGGGUGGAUUAUGAUGACAGUUCGCACCAAGUGAAUGUCAGUUUAGCACCUUACUUAGAGCACAAGCCUCAGCACCCACUGCUAUCCAGCACUGUCAAUCUUACAUCUGUUUUACCAAGCUCAGUAUAUGUUGGCUUUGCCUCUGCAACCGGCACUUUAAGGUCCAUACACCGCAUUAUCGGCUGGAGUUUCAAUCCAAAUGGGGAGGCUAAGCCACUUAACUACUCAGUGCUGUCUGAAGUUAUACAGGAUGUUCGACGCGAUGGUCAAAGUCGCUCCCAUAUCCCUAAGGGUGUUCUUGUACCAGUUGUUAUUCUGUCAGUGUUCAUCACAAUUGUCAUUAUCAUUGCUCUUUAUGUUUAUAUGAAAAAGGCAAGGAAAAGUAGUGAUUGGGAAAUCGAUUGUGGGUCAUCAUCCUUCACAUAUAAAGAUCUUGCCGCUGCAACCAAUAAUUUCAGUGACAGGAUGCUUCUUGGGAGAGGAGGAUUUGGAAAGGUGUACAAGGGGGUGCUACAAACCUCGAAGCAAAAUGUUGCCAUCAAGCGGGUUUCACCAGAGUCAAAGCAGGGGAUGAAGGAAUUCAUAGCUGAGAUAACCAUCCUAGGCCAUCUCCGCCAUCGCAACCUUGUGCAGUUGCUCGGUUAUUCUCGACACAAGAGCGAGCUCCUUCUGGUUUACGAUUACAUGCCAAAUGGUAGUCUCGACAGAGUUCUGCACGGUCAACGUAAGCAGACUAUAGACUGGGUUCAGAGAUUCAACAUCAUAAAAGGCAUUGCAUCUGGUCUUUGCUACCUCCAUGAGGACUGGGAGAAGGUGGUCAUCCAUCGAGACAUCAAAGCGAGCAACGUGCUCCUCGACAAUGAAAUGAACGGUAGACUGGGUGAUUUUGGUCUGGCAAGAUUACACAACCAUGGCACAGAUGCCCACACCACGCAUUUGGCUGGCACCUGGGGGUACAUUGCUCCCGAGCUGGCUAGGCUAGGAAGGGCAACCAAGGCAACUGACGUCUUUGCAUUUGGUGUCUUCAUGUUGGAGGUUGCUUGUGGGAGGCGUCCAAUACAGGUGAAUGAUUCUGCUGGUGAGCCAGUGCUGCUGACAGACUGGGUGGUCGAUGCAUGGGAGAGUGGUUCGAUCCUCAGAACAGUAGACCCAAAAUUAGAAGAUUAUGUCAGUGAGGAAGCAGAGUUGGUACUAAAGCUUGGCUUGCUCUGCUCACACCCAGUACAAAGUGCUAGGCCAUGCAUGCGCCUAGUGAUGCAAUACCUUGUAAAGGAUGUGCUACUCCCGGAUUUCCAACCAAGUUUUUUGAGCCUUACUAGCAGGGAUGAAGAAUUUGGGCAGCAUAUCCUGUCAUGCCCUUCUGUAGCGACGACCAUAACAGGACUUUCUGGAGGAAGAUGAUGCAUAUUUAGUUAUGCUUGCAAUAAUCUGUGUUCACUAGAAAUAUAUUACUAUGUAGUAGAAUUUCACAUAAAGGAUUAGUUACACGCCUGAAAACCAUGUAUAGUGCUGUAUGAACUAAGGGUACAUAUAAAAGUUUCUUUUCUGUAUGCCUCUCAUUUGAUAUCCUUUUGUGGAUGCGGAUAUUUGUUAUACUUUUGUGCUUAUCCUUUUGCAGAUGCAGUUAUGUGUUAAACUUGUGCUCCGUGGUGUAGUCCCCUAAACUAUUUGCUUUAAUUUUCAGUGCAGGAUCAAUAGAUAUGAUGCCUUCUUGGUUAAAGUUUCUUGCAUGACUAAAGCAAUCUGCCCUCUGUGUCGUCUAUUUGAUGGUUUUGUAGUUGUGCUACACGGUUUUAGUUCCCAUCUGGGAUACACUAGUAUGAUUUUGAUGAUGAAACCACCACGAUGGGUGUACCCCCGGUUAGAUAAGGAUAUAAAUUAUCCUCCCUGUCAUACUAAUGCUAUUUGUACUAGUUUCUCUAGGUUUAAACAACAAAGCUUUAAUGCAAUCAGAGGGACAACUAAUAAAUGACAUUCAGAUGAAAACUUAUAAAAACUUCUGCAAGACUGUACUAACUGCACUGCAGGGCCGAGUCGG